AUGAGCAAACGGCAGUCUCGCCGCGCGUCAGGCCGAUCGCCCGAGCUGCUGCAGCCUCUCCAUCCCAUUUUGGGCUCCGGCCCUGCAUGGAGCCCGCCACCCGCACCCGACACCAUCGGCACGAUUGUCUCCCGGCCGAUGGCGAUGCCCUCUUACGAGGUGAGCCAGCCUGUGGCAGUGCCGUUCCCCGUCCUACCCGCCAACGCCGCUCUCGUCGGCGCGGAGGCCGUCCGGGCGUGGGCUCGGGGAGUCGCACACAAGCCGGGCGAGGCGCAGCCGUCGCCGCCGCCCUCGCUGCUCCUCGAGCACCGUCAAGAGGAGGGCAGCGAGCGGACCGGCGGCUCGCUCGUCGCGGAUGGCGACCAGCGGCUCGGGGCGCAGUCCGCUGGCCCGGUCCGCACGGGCGCAUGCCCCGGCGGCGUCUGCGGCAAGCGCCGGCGCGCGGGCCCGCGCAAGGGCGGAGGCGGCGCACGGCAGGCCGAGGAGGAGGAGGAGGGGGGAGAGGGGGAGGAGGCGGCGAGUGAGGAGGAGCGGCUCGCCGAGCUCAACGAGCGCGUGCGCGACGCGCUCCGCGAGCGGGGCCUCAACCUGCAGCAGCUCGCAUGCCACAUCGGCUUCAGCUCGACCGCGACGCUCUGCGACAAGUUUACCUUACCUUACUUGCCCCUAGGCCGCGCCGCGCCGAAGACCAAGGGCGAAGUGCUGCACGCGCUCGACAGGUGGUGCCGCGACCCCUCCUCCACCAUCGCCACCGAAGCGGAGGAGGAUGCAGCCCGCGCCUGUGCUCUCGCAGCGCCCGCGCCGCCCGCGCCUGCACUCGAGGCAGAGGGCUGCACCAAGAAGCGGCGCGGCGCGGCGCCGGCGGCGGAGGCGGUGGCGGCGGCGGAGGAGGAGGAGGAGGAGGGGGGGGAGGUUCUGGCGGCCGGGCAGGCACCGGCGGCCGAGGAGCCGCUGUCGGACGAUGCGGGGGAGGUGCCAAGAGCGGUGGCGGCGGAGGCGCAGGCGGAGGAGGAGGCAGAGGCGGCGGCGGAGGAGGCGCAGGCGCAGGCGGCGGAGGCGCAGGCGGCGGAGGCGCAGGCGGAGGCGGCGGAGGCGCAGGCGCAGGCGGCGGAGGCGCAGGCGGAGGAGGAGGCAGAGGCGGCGGCGGAGGAGGAGGAGAUGGCCGAGGAGGCGGCCACGGCCGGCCCAGGGGGUGUGGUGGCAGAGGCGGAGGGGUUGAGGCUGCACCUCUGUGGCACCGGAGUGCGCCACAGCGGCACGGGCUACAAGGGCGUGACGCAGGCCGCCUACGGCCGCUUCCGCGCGCAGCGCUACGAGGGGAAGCGGUGCAUCUACAUCGGGCUGUACGGCACGGCGGUGGAGGCGGCGGUGGCGUUCGCGCGCGUGGUCGGUGAGGCGCCGGAGAGAGAGGCGGCGGCGGGAGGUGGAGAGGAGCGGGAGGCGGCCCCACCAGAGGAGCGGGGGGUGGCAGAGAGAGAGGCGGCGGCGGGAGGUGGAGAGGCGGACGAGGCGCUGCCCGCAGCGGAGGCGGCUGCCGAGGCGGCGGCGGCGGCGGCGGGCGGGGAGGCGGCGGGCGGGGAGGCGGCCACGCUCCGCGAUUCGGCGGUAGAGGCGGCGGAGACGUCGGAGGCGGCGGAGGCGGAGGCGGGCGGCCUCCGGCUGCACCUCGGCAAGGGUGGCACCGGCUACAAGGGCGUCUCCAAGUUCAACAGCGGCGGCUUCGAGGCGUACUACUUUGCGGGCCGCAAGGUGCGGCUGGGCGUGUACGAUACCGUGCUCGAGGCGGCGGAGGCGUACGCGCGGUACGUCAACGAGAACGGCGUCGAAGAGGAGGCGCCGCCGCCGCCGCCUCCGACGGAGGAGGAGGUGCUCGCGGCGGCGGCGGCGGAAGGGCUGCAGCUCCACCGCAAGGAUGGGAACAUGACGGGCUACAAGGGCGUCUCGCCCCUCGACGGCGCGUUCGAGGCAUACUUCAACGUGCGCGGCCGCAAGAUCCGUCUGGGCAGGUUUCCCACCGCCGCGGCGGCGGCGGUGGCCUACGCGCGGCACGUGGCCGACCCUCAGACGGCCGGCGAGCACGCGGCGACGGUGGUCGCCCGGUGUGAGCAGCGCCAGGAGCGGCGCGAGGCCUGUAAGAUCGCUCACCGACACAGCCGCCGCGCUGUGCCGGAGUGCCCCGGCACGCCCCCGCCAGAGGAGGAGGCGGCGGAGGAGGCAGCGGCGUCCGGGGCGGCGCAGGGGCGUGCGGAGGCAGCGGCGGGGGCAGCAGCGGCAGCAGCGGCAGCGGCGUCGGCGGCGGCGGCGGCAGCGGCCUUCCGUCGCAGCUCUCGCGUGCCCAGUUGCAUGCCGACUGGAGAGACGUACGUCGGCGGUGGCUUGGGCGGGAAGAGCGGCCACACGCGCGACACCGCCGCGCCACCCGCCAAGCCGACCGCCAAGGCACCACCCGCCAAGGCGCCCGCAAGACCGCCCGCCAUGGCUCCCGCUAUGCCACCCGCCGCCGCCGCACCCGCCGCACGCACCGCGCCAGCCGCAGCACGCGCCGCCGCACGCGCCGCGCCCGCCGCCGCCGGCACCGACCCGGCUCGCGGCGCGGCGCUGCGCUCCGUGGCGAAUCCGAAGCGCAGCGGCGGGAAGUGGGCUCCGUGCCCCGGGCUGUGCGGUGGCCGCACCGCCGGGGGCGUGUGGUGCGACGCUUGCAAGGAGGAGGGCGACGCGGUGCUCUCCGCCGCCGGCCGGGGCAGCGGUGUCACCAUGCCGAGCAGCGGUGUCCGCCCGCUCGUGGCGGCGGCGGCAGAGGCGGCGGCGGCAGAGGCGGCGGCGGCAGAGGCGGCGGUGGCAGAGGCGGCGGCGGCAGAGGCGGCGGCGGCGGCAGAGGAAACAGAGGCAGCAGAGGCGGCAGAGGCAGCAGCGGACAACGAAACCGGCGCCCGCCGCGAGGCCGGCGCCGAGGCCGCGCCGAAGCGCUCGAUCGGGGCUGCCGGAGGGGCGGCGGAGGAGCGCAAGGCGGCGGUGGGCGGCCCAUUCUUCCGCUGCGACGGGCUCGGCGGCUCGUGCCCUGAGGUGCGGCCGAGGACGGAGGGCGGAAACUGGGCGAAGCACAUGCUUUCCCCGCAGGAGCAGCGCAUGCGCGGCACCAGCAAGCGGUUCUGCGGGCAGUGCCGGGUCCCCGCCGACGACUUAAACUAG